AAUAAAAUUUAUUUUGCAAUUAUUUGAAAUUUUUUUUUCAAAUAUGAGGAUCUGGAUGGGCAGGAUAUAAAUUGAUACAGGAUAUGGAUACUAAACAUUAUGAAGUUAUUGUUGUCUCUCCAAGGAACUAUUUUGUCUUUACUCCGUUACUUGCAUCAUCAUCUGUAGGCACUUUGGAGUUCAGGUGUAUAUUGGAACCUAUAAGGAAGUAUUCUCCUAAAAUCCAAUUUUAUCAGGCUUAUGCAGAUACCAUAGACCUUAAACAGAAGAUAGUUUAUUGUACCUCUAAUCUUGAACGCAGUAAAAACAAAUUCUCUCUUAAUUAUGAUACUUUGGUUAUAGCCGCUGGAGCAAAUUCUAAUACCUUCGGCAUUAAGGGAGUUGGAGAAAAUGCAUUAUUUUUAAAAGAUGUAUCUGAUGCUCGCAGAAUACGUCAAAGAGUGAUUGAAUGUUUUGAACAUGCGGGUCAACCAAACAUCACAGAACAAGAAGCAUUUGGAUUACUUCAUUUCGCUGUUGUUGGUGGAGGUCCUACUGGUAUCGAAUUCAGUGCUGAGCUGCAUGACUUUAUUACAGAAGACAUGGCUCGUUUAUAUCCGGAUUUGAUUAAUUUAGUCACAAUGAGCGUGUAUGACAUAGCGCCUCAAAUUCUUGGUUCCUUUGAUCAAUCUCUUAGAGAAUUUGCUACUAAAAAAUUUACAAGAAAAGGAAUCAAAAUCAGAACAGGACGUAAAGUAAAAGAAGUAAAUGAACGUAAACUUAUAAUUGAAGAAGAUGGAGAAGUGCCAUAUGGCAUGUUAGUUUGGGCAACUGGGUUAACCGAUAAUCCAUUAACACGGUCAAUGGGUAAUCAAGUUGUGAAAGACAAGUCGGCAAAAAGACUAUUAACUGACGGUUUUUUAAGGGUUUUAGACAAAGAGUCUUUUCAACCUAUAGAUAAUGUUUAUGCUUUAGGUGAUUGUGCAUCAAUUCAAGAUUAUGAUCUUCCUGCUACAGCUCAAGUAGCUAAUCAAAAAGCUGUAUAUUUGAGAAAAGUUUUAACUCAAAUUGCUAAAGAUAAUCCAAUAAUGGAUAUAAAACCUUUCAAAUUUCUUAAUCUUGGAAGUAUGGCAUAUAUUGGAAAGAAGGAGGCUGUUGUUGAUAUGACACCUGUAAGCAACAAAGCUAAAGAAAGUGGUAGAUUAGCAUGGAUAUUUUGGAGAUCUGCAUAUUUUACAAUGACAGUUUCAUUGAGAAAUAAAAUGCUAAUUCCUAUGUAUUGGAUUUUAACAUGGUUAUUUGGAAGAGAUAUUAGUAGAUUUUAAAAAUUAAUAUUUGUAUUUUUAUUAUA